GGCGCCUGCAUCUGGAGCGAGCGAGGGCACGCUCGAAGGUCACGCGGCCCUCCUACGUGGAGCUUGAGGAAUGAAGCCGCAGGUCGAGGUUCUCACAGCCGACAGAAAAACGUUGUGGCAAACAGGCAAAUCCUGGAAAGCUGGUCUCGCCUCCUCGCACCUGCUUCCCUCCGGCGGCUUGGAUUACAAAGCGAAGGGUUUCGUUUUUGUGCAGAGAGCAGUAGGGACCGUUCCGUCGGAUCGGCUCGGUGACGGUCCCGGCCGCCGGGUGCCGGAGCUGGCCGUGCCCGGUCCGCCCUUCUCGGAUGCUAACGCCAGUGAGGCUGCGGGCCAUGCUGGGGAGCAGCUGAGGUCCCAUUGCAGCCUAGGUUGCCACUGUGACAACAGUGCUGAACAGCCACACAGCCUUCACCAUCUUUGCUGCCACAGCAGUGACUCCACACUGAAUGGAAAAGGGCCCCGCCCUCUGGCUGUGUAUGACAAUCCUGCACCCCUAGCUGGACUGUGGGCCGUUCCAGAGGAAACCACAGGCCCAGCUGGAAACCAAGAUGAAGAACUUCUAGAAGUUGUUCUAGAUGUUCAUCUUUCAAUUGGAACAAAAGACACUUAUUUCGGCUCUGGGGAUUUCUCUGGGUUUAAAAUGUGAGCCUGAUCUUCCUGCCUUCUUGAGCUACACAACACAUGAUGAGGACCUGCAGCAAACUAGGUGUGGUGGUGGGAUCAUCAAUCACAACACUUGUGAGAUGGAAAAAUUAUGUGUUGGAGGCCAGCUUGAGCUACCUAAAAACACUGUCUCCAAAAAUCAACCCCCCCCAAAUAUCUACUUUCCCAAUACAGCUUGUCAGGGUUCAAAACCUACCUACUAGCUCUACUAUCCCAGACAAGAUUAAUGUCUAUUUGGUUUCCUUUCUGUAAAGUGGAUUGUCAUAUCUAGCUCAGAGGAUAUAGGAGUGUGAUAUCUAAAGAGCUCUUGUGUGUCCUAACAGCACCUGGCACACAAUAAUCACACAUAGAUCCAGAGAAGCAUCGCUAACUAGAAACCAGCUUCCCAAGAAGAUGAGUUUAAAUUUCUAGUGGGCAAACUGAAGGGAAAGCCACAGUAUAACCUCUUUACCACGGGCUCCAGGCUUUAGAACUACUUGAUCCAUGAAGCUCGUUCACUUGCCUGUGUCUGUUUAGUAAGCAGACAGGGUGGUGUGCUUCUUUUUGGAGCUCUGUCCCUGGAGGCCUAGCCUGGCUCACUGUUUCUCAGGCCAGCAGCUCUACUCUCAUCCUGGACUUUCCGGGUUUUCCUAAAUGGAAUCCCCACCCCCACAUCUUUGCAUUUGUUUUCCUCUGUCUCCAACUGUCUAGAACUCCUGCCUGGCCAGCCCCAUGACACCCUUUUACAGUUGGAAUAGUUCCCCCCAAAUAUCUUUUAUUCUGUGUAUCUCCAUUGUGCAUGGUACUAUGCUAUGUAAGGAGUAUAUUAUACUGUAUAUUGAACAUGUUUCCCCCAAAUAAAAAUUUUACCUUUUAAUAUCUAUAA